AUGGUGGUGGUGGCCGCCGCGGCCGCACGCUGCCUCGCUGUAAAGCCUUUGCCCCUCGUCCUCGUCCACCACAGCCGCCCCGCGCCCUCCUCCGCGCUCCGCCUCCCCCGAACCGCCCGCUGGCCGCCGCGCUCCGCCUCCUGCUCGACCUCCGCGCCGCCGCCGCUCCCGUUCGUCGCCGUCGCAUCCAUGGACGCACCGCCCCAGGGCUACCGCACCAACGUCGGUAUCUGCCUCGCCGACCCAUCCCUCACCAAGGCAAGCGCGCCCCCUCCCUCCCUCCCUCGAGCCCGAUCCUGCUCCUCUCCGCCGCGCCUGCGCUGGGUAUUGUAUUGUAUCGUCGGGAUUUUCUCGGCUUCUAGGCUCGACAUUCCUAGCGCGUGGCAGAUGCCUCAGGGUGGUAUAGAUGCAGGGGAAGAACCAAGGGCGGCUGCCUUCAGGGAAUUGAGAGAAGAAACCGGUGUCACAUCCGCGGAGAUCGUGGCUGAGGCUCCUAACUGGUUAACAUAUGAUUUUCCGCCGGAUGUGAGAGACAAACUGAAUGCUAGGUGGGGAACCGAUUGGAAAGGCCAAGCUCAAAAAUGGUUUUUAUUUAGACUUACUGGAAAUGAUGAUGAGAUUAACCUUAAUGGUGAUGGGUCUGAGAAGCCAGAGUUCGGUGAAUGGACAUGGAUGACUCCUCAGGAAGUUAUUGAAAAGGCUGUUGAAUUUAAGAGACCUGUAUAUGAGGAAGCAUUGAAACACUUUGCCCCCUACCUAGAGUCAGAUCCAACCGCUUCAUCAUAG